AUGGUGAUAACUUGGCUUCAAAAUGCAAUGUCAUUAGAGAUCAAAAAUAGUGUCGUGUAUGUUGAUACCGCUCAUGACCUAUGGCUUGAGUUGGAACAACGAUUUGCACAAAAUAAUGGUCCUCGAAUUUAUGAGCUCAAACAGUCCAUUAAUUCCCUUGUUCAAGGUGACGAUUCUGUAAGCUUGUAUUUCUCCAAACUAAAAGGGCUUCUUGAUGAACUUCUCAAUUUUGAAGUCAUUCCAUCAUGCACAUGUGGUGCCAUGAAAAAUGUCCUUGAGAACCAGCAACGUGACUGGACUAUGAAGUUUCUCAUGGGGCUUCAUGAUUCUUUCACCAAUAUCAAAGCUCAAAUCAUUUUGAUUAAACCCAUUCCGAGCCUCAGUGAAGUCUAUGCCCUGGUUCAACAAGAAGAAAAACGAAAGCAACUUUCCAACCCUCCCACCUUACAUGAUACCCUUGCCUUAGCUACAAAAUCCACUUUCUUCUCUAAUCGGGACAACCCCAAACCAUAUGGACCUCCAAGGCGAGAAAAAUCCUUUUGCAGCCAUUGUAAAAUUCCUGGCCAUUCUCUUGAAAGAUGUUUUAAAGCUAAUCCAGCUCUUGAAAAACCAGUUUGUACUCACUGCAAUUUAGUUGGUCACACUUCUGCCCGAUGUUUUAAACUGCAUGGCUAUCCACCUAGCCAUAAACUAUCCACUCGAGGAAAACCAACAGAAUCAUUUGCUAACCAAGUCAGCUCUUCCAACCAAGAACAGAUCAAUGAAGGAUCCCAAGAAGCUCUCACCAAAGCUCAAUAUCAACAUCUUUAA